GGCAGGCGUCUGCCACUCAUCUGCAGAAGGAGAGACUCCAACAGUCGUAGGAUUGUCAGUCUGUCAGAAAGAACGCAGAGGGUUCAUGGGUCAGAUCUCCUCUCUGCUGCUAUGAGUCCUCAUACCUGGAUCUUUUGUGCCCUUCUCUGUUUCCUCACUUUUGAACGGAGCAAGAGUGCAUAUAAAGGGCCUUUCCUGAGCCGAAAGCGGAGACUGGUAGAGGAUGCAGCCGAUGGGGCCCAGAGGAAGUGCUCUUAUACAUUCUUGGUCCCAGAGCAGAGGAUCACGGGGCCGAUCUGUGCCAGCCAGAGCCCUUCUGUGCCAGAUAAAGAGCGCGUGACAAAGUUGGAUAUAGCUGACGUCCGGGAGCUCCUGAGCAAGCAGAGACGUGAAACGGACACGCUCCGGAUGAUUGUGGACGUGGAUGGAAACAUGGUCAAUGAAAUGAAACUUUUACGCAAAGAGUCACGCAACAUGAACUCCCGCGUCACCCAGCUGUACAUGCAGCUGCUGCACGAAAUCAUUCGCAAGCGUGAUAAUUCACUGGAGCUGGCGCAGCUGGAGGCACGGAUCCUCAACAGCACGGCCGAGGCACUGAGGCUGUCCGCUCUCUACAGGGAGCUGGAGGUGCGCUUCUCCUCGCUGGCCGCGCUGGUCAAUAGCCAGUCACUUCUGAUCGCAACUUUGGAGGAGCGAUGUCUGCAGGUGUAUGGAAAUCACAGACGAGAGCCGCUGCCUCCACCUCUUGUGCAGGUCGUACCUGAGAACAUCCCUGUGUAUGUUCCUCGCUUCUCCAAUGAGAUCCAGAAGAGUCAAAGCUGGCCCAUUCCAGAGGACAGGAGUCCCAGAACGGCUCCGGCACCCACAGGAGGUUCUCCCCAGGGGAACGUCAGCUUGGAGGGUCCCUUUCGGGACUGUCUUCAGGUGAUGCAGGCUGGACACUCCACCAGUGGGACGUAUCUUCUGAAGCCGGACGGGACGGAAACAGCUGUACAUGCCUGGUGUGAGCAUGACGUGGACAGAGGUGGCUGGACGCUUAUCCAGAGGAGGAAAGAUGGAUCUGUAAACUUCUUCAGGAACUGGGACAGCUAUAAGAAAGGCUUUGGUGAUGUGGAUGGGGAACACUGGCUGGGUCUGGAAACCAUCUAUAACCUGGGUAAACAAGAAGACUACAAGCUGCUGGUGGAGCUGGAGGACUGGAUGGGGAAGAAGGUUUACGCGGCCUACAGCAGCUUCUACCUGGAGCCGGAGAGCCAGUCGUACCGUCUGCGUCUGGGAACCUACCAGGGCAACGCUGGAGAUUCACUGAGCAGCCACAACGGCAAACAGUUCACCACGCUGGACCACGACAACGACGCAUUCUCAGGUAACUGUGCUCACUUCCACAAGGCUGGCUGGUGGUACAGCGCCUGCGGUCAGGCCAAUCUGAACGGUGUGUGGUACUCCGGAGGAGUGUAUCGCAGCCGCUUCCAGGACGGCAUCUUCUGGGCCGACUAUGGAGGGGGCUUUUACUCCAUGAAGUCUGUCCGGAUGAUGAUCAGACCCAUCGACUGAAGCUGACUGAUUUACAAAUGAUGUGAUAGAGAAACAAAUGAAAGUGUAUCAUCGCUGAAACUUUAUUUCAGUCUUCUCAGUGUCAUGCUUUGAGCACAUUUUACAUUGUCCAAAACAAUGUUUGAUAAGGUUUUUUUUUUUUUUAUGAUUAGAAAUAAAUCCUAAAAAGACAUCUGUGAUGACUACACGGCAACAAGUGUUACAUUUAAG